AUGUCAGUGUCAGCCCUAUUCGGUUCGAGACUGGUGCUUCCACCCCCCUCCGCCGCCGUAACCAGGGCCGCACCACAGCCGCGAAGACUGGCGGUGGACGGCGGCGGUUUUGGGCUGGCGAUAGAGUGCUCGUCCAGGCCACAGAAGAAGUCCACGGCGCAUCACAUGAAGACACGCCCGCGCAAGACCCGGCCCUCCGACAUAAAGCGUCGACCCACCGUUUACCCUCCGCUGCCGCCUCUCCCCCCGGAGUGGAGUUUUGCCUCCGACGACUCCACCGCCGCCCCUGUCGCCGGAGCUAUGCCGGCCCCUGAAAAUUCCGAGUAA